CCCGAUACGCGAGAGCGGCCAUUGGCAUACACUUCCUUAUUCGUCGUGAGGAUUAGAAAGUAUCGUAUGAGGAUAACAUAGAAGACAAACAGACAUUUUUGAGGAGCUCCGCGGGAUUGUGUUUGUGUUUUUUUCCCCGAGGGAAGACUACUUUAGCGAUUAGACGCCGCUGUUGGACGGUAUCGUUUAACAUUAAGUAGCUACAGCUGUGCGCGAGCUAGGCUAGGUCAGCUGUGAGCUAAGCGGGGGUGGUGAGCGAGCGAGCGGGCGCGCGCGGAUUCCAGCACAACGUUUGAUUUCCAUUUAAAUAAGUUGUCGGGAUUCGGCAAAGCCGCGGUUUAUGAUGAGAAACCCAUUAACGCGGGGGGAUUUGAGCGUCUCUUGUGCUGUCAUGGUUCUGCUGGUUAACUGAAGGCACACCGAGCAAGUGCAUUUUGCUUCGACCGACAUCGAGGAGGAACGACAACAAGGAAGAAGGCAAGCAACCAGAUGCGAUGGAUUUAAAAACUGCUGUAUUCAACGCAGCCCGAGAUGGCAAGCUCAAGUUGCUUCAGAAGCUUUUAGAGAACAAAACCGACCAUGAGGUAACAAAACUGAUGUCUGAGAAAACGAAUGGCGCGACGCCGUUGUUAAUGGCAGCGCGCUACGGCCACCUCGAUUUGGUCGAGUACCUUCUGGAGUGCUGCUGUGCCCCCGUCGAAGUCGGAGGAUCCGUCAAUUUUGACGGCGAGACCAUCGAGGGUGCCCCGCCGCUAUGGGCCGCGUCGGCUGCCGGACACUUGAAGGUGGUGCAGUCACUCUUGGGCCACGGCGCAUCUGUAAACAACACCACCCUCACCAAUUCGACCCCACUGAGAGCAGCUUGUUUCGAUGGCCACCUCGACAUCGUCAAGUACCUGGUGGAGCACAAAGCCGAUUUGGAAGUGGCCAAUCGGCAUGGCCACACAUGCCUUAUGAUUUCUUGUUAUAAGGGCCACAAAGAAAUUGCGCAGUAUCUGCUGGAGAGAGGUGCUGAUGUAAAUAGGAAAAGUGUCAAAGGUAACACCGCCUUACAUGACUGUGCUGAGUCAGGAAGUCUGGAGAUCAUGAAAAUGCUUCUGAAGUAUGGUGCUACGAUGGAAAAGGAUGGCUAUGGCAUGACUCCUUUGCUCUCAGCCAGUGUGACUGGGCACACAAACAUCGUAGACUUCCUCACGCAACAUCCUCAAACGAACAAAAUAGAACGAAUUAAUGCUUUAGAAUUGCUGGGUGCUACUUUUGUGGAUAAAAAGCGGGAUCUUCUGGGAGCUUUAAAAUACUGGAAGAGAGCCAUGGAGAUGCGAUACGUUGACUGCAACAACAUCCUUUUUAAAGGCGAACCUAAAGAACUUAUCAUGGCGUAUGACUAUGCAAAGGAGGCUGGGAGCAUGGAAGAGCUGGACAGUUUGAUCUCGGACCCGGAUGAGAUGAGAAUGCAGGCUUUGCUUAUUAGAGAACGCAUUCUGGGCCCAUCACAUCCAGACACAUCAUACUACAUUCGGUACAGAGGAGCUGUCUAUGCCGAUUCAGGGAAUUUUGAACGGUGCAUCAACCUGUGGAAGUAUGCCCUGGACAUGCAACAAAAUAACUUGGACCCGCUUAGUCCUAUGACUGCCAGCAGCUUGCUCUCAUUCGCCGAGCUUUUUUCUUUCAUGCUGCAGGACCGUGCCAAAGGCCUCCUGGGGACUUCUGUGUCUUUUGAUGACCUCAUGGGCAUCCUUAGCAAAAGCGUCCUGGAGAUUGAGCGUGCCAUGAAGCAGCGACAACCCAGCCCCGACCCAGCUCAGCUGAGCAAAGCACUCGCCAUCAUACUGCACCUCAUCUGCUUGCUGGAAAAAGUCCCGUGCACAGUCGAGCAGGACCACUUCAAGAAGGAAACCAUUUACAAGUUUCUCAAGCUGCACCCAUGCGGGAAAAACGGCUACAGCCCCCUCCACCUGGCCGUGGACAGAAACACAACGUGUGUUGGCCGCUACCCCGUCUGCAAGUUCCCCUCAUUCCAGGUGACCUCCAUUCUUUUAGAGUGCGGUGCUGAUGUGAACUGUCGUGAUGAAGAUAAUAACAGUCCUCUGCACGUCGCUGCCUCCAACAACCACCCAGACAUCAUGAAGCUGCUUAUUGCAGGCGGCACGCACUUUGACAGCACCAACUCCUUCAGGCAGACUGCGUGUGACCUGUUGGACGAGAAGGAGAUGGCCAAGAACCUGAUUCAGCCUAUAAAUCACACCACGCUGCAGUGCUUGGCUGCUCGUACCAUCAUCAAGUAUAAUCUCACGUAUAGGGGAAAUAUCCCAGAGAAGCUUGAGGCUUUUGUGUUACUGCACAGAUAAUGACUAAGGCAUGAUUACAGGUGGUUUUAAAAAGUGUCUCAGAGCAAGGAACUCAUUUUGAGUUUCCGCUCUCCACUUGUACGGUUUGUACAGAAUAAGGAGUCUAUUAAUUAAAGACUUUGAGAAUAGAUUAUUUCUGUUCUGCAGGCAUGCCUGAUAUUUUCUCCCACACAAUGCUUAUUUCUUGCUGUUCAUAGACUAUUUGUUUUUUGUUAGGAUUUUUUUUUUCCCCUUGCAGUUUUGCCUGAUCCCUCUGCUUUGUAUUUGUCACUAUGCAAAGGUGGUGGGAUACGUCUUAUUUAAUUCCACUUUUAUCUUGCUGGCAUCUGCACAAUACUGUUGUACUGCUACUCUUUUAUGAACCCACAGUUAUGCCCUCAUUUCCUAAUUUGUGUUAAUGUUAUGGGAAUGGAAUGCACUCGUUACUCCCUUUGAGCAUACAGAAGCUUUAUGCCGUGGUUGGUGUUAUGUAAAAACCAUAAGUGCUUUAUUUCUCCUAUGCACAGCGUAUGAUAUCGCGACUGUUCCAUGUUCCUGGACUGUGCCACUGUUUUCUAACUGCCUGACUACUGUCAUCGUUUUUCCAUUUUCCUUAACUUGACUGCAAACCUGCAGCAAAAAAAAAAAAUUAUAAUUUUUUUUUUUUUUUAGUUUGGAUCCUAUUUUCAUAGUCCUCUGAUCCCAAGUUUUAAAGCAGGCUAUAAUUUAAAACAAAGUGUUGGAUCUGUUUCCUUAAUUUACAGAAUGUACUGUGUUAAAUUGAUUUUGAUCUUCUCAGCGCGACAGUUAACAGAAUUGACUUUUUUUUUUUUUUUUUUUUAUUCCUGACAAUAUUUGUAACAUAUGAUACCAUUCAUGGAUAAAUUCUUACUCUAGAUCAAGUUUUGCAGACAACAAGGGCUUUUCGUACUUAGGCACACACUUCACAAGCAGAAAAAUCAAGUGUACAGUCCUAGCUGUCAGAAAAUUUGCACUUUAUUGCAGUGGAGUUUCGAAAUUCCUUUUCCAAUGGCUUGUCAAUGUUUCCAGAGCAUAUUUAACAAUAAACCUCGGUUGCACUUCUUUUAUUCUUUA